AUGACAGAAGCAAACCCUCUUGUUCCCAAGUUCGCAUCUUUCCGGUCAAAACCCUCUAGCACAGCUGCCAACCUCGAACAGGAGGAUGAACAAAAACUAGCGACAAGAGAUAAACAACAUACCCAGGAAAGAGAUCAUCCAAGGCAUCAUCGUCGACACCAUAGAUCCAGAAGUAGAGAGAAAAACAGGUCUAGGAGUAAGGAAAACUCAAAUACACGUGAUUCACGCCACAGAUCACGGAGUCGAGAGAAGCACAGGAUCAGGGAGAAGGAAAACAGUGAAAGACAUGGCUCCUACCGUAGAUCUCGGAGCAGAGAUGAUCACCGAUCUAGUCGUCGACCUAUGCAUGAGGGACAAGUCCAAAGAGACCCAAAAGAGAAGCCAACGAAAUGCCAGCCAGAUAUUUCGGAGUCCGUUGUGGCAUCCGACAUUUAUGUUGUUGACAGAAAAGGAGAUGUAAAGAACCUAGUGUAUGGAAGCAACCACCGCUACAGUGUGCCACCAUUUCACCGAAUUGGAGCAGGUCGUAUCCUUGGUGCGCCCCGAGACACAAAAAUUGACAGAGAAUAUUCAGAUGAUAAGGGUAUUGUGCUUACCAAUCUGACAGAAUUCAGAUCUCAUAAUCGGGAGAAGUACAUUUUCUCCAAAGCUGAGAGAGAUAGACCUCGUCUUUUGAAGAUACGCCCAGAAGUCCUGGCCGAGGAGUCUUUCUUGCACGAUGAAGACUAUGUUCCAUUUCAGAUUAGCAGAGGCAAAAAACGAAAGAGAGUGGAUCGAGAGGCUGGCUCAAAGUUUGAUUCUGAUCACGAUGACACUCAUUACCGUUCAAUACAAGGAAAGGCAAAAAUAUCCAGUCAACCUCAGGAUGACGCUUUUCAAUAUGCUUCGGACAGUGAUUCGUCAGGAUCAGACUCUGGUCGAACGAUGAGACUUGAAUCCUCAAUCAAGCAAAAGAACAUAGAGCUAUCCAGAAAAAUAGAACAAGCUCCAGCUGAUGUAGAAGCGUGGAUUGCUUUAAUUGGGCAUCAAGAUACACUUCUGAAAGCAGGAGAUGACCGUCGUCGUAUCACUAAUGCAGAGAUCAGGAGCACAGCGGAUAUCAAAAUCCAUAUGUAUGAAAAAGCUCUGAAAAAUAUACACUGCUUACCAGACCGCGAACGGCUAUUACUAGGUCUGAUGGUCGAGGGCUCAAAGAUAUGGGAAAUCAAGGUUCAAGCGGAGCGGUGGGAACAGAUCGCAAAAGACAACAUUGAUAGUCUUAUCUUGUGGAAAAGAUACUUGGAUUUCAGGAAAAGCAACUUUUCAACAUUUAGAUAUGAGGAAGUUCGCGGGGUAUUCCUCAAUAGAAUUCGUUCUUUGAAAAAUAGUAUCAGCGUCGCACCUGAGUGGAUUUCCGUGAAAUCACUCUACGAACAACUUUUAUAUGUGGUUCUUAGAGCUACACUUUUCAUCCGCGAAUCCGGUUUUACAGAACUAGCAGUAGCAAUCUGGCAAGCUAUUUUGGAGAUGAAUUUUCAAGGACCGGAAUCCAUCCACGCCGAACAUGAGACAUCAGCAUUGGCGAGAACUAAAAUACUUGAACUUUUCGGGGACUUUUGGGAGGCAGAGGUCCCACGAAUUGGGGAACUAGGUUCUUUAGGUUGGAAAAGCUUUGCAGAGACUGGGGAUGACUCAACAGUUCCGAAUGCUCAGACUGACAAACCAGAGAUGUCACUUAAUGGCCAAGAUGUCUUCAAAAGCUGGGUUAUCGCGGAAUCUUCUCGUAUAAAAGCUUCCAGAAUUCCUGCAAGAACCAUGGAUGAUACUGUGGAGGACGAUCCUUUUAGAGUCAUCUUAUUCACUGAUAUCGAGAAUUUUCUCAUCUUACUGCCAAAAUCUGCUGAGUACUUACGAAGAACUCUUUUGAAUGCAUUCUUGAUAUUCUGUCAUUUACCCCGUAUACCUUUUCAGGACCACGAGUCGGGUGCGGAUUGGAGCCAUGAUUUAUUUCUGCGCAAUGAAAUGCUCGACUACGAUUCGGAGUGGAUCAAAAAAAAAUACUUCAAAAAGCCUACUGAUGACUCGAUCGAGGAUGAAAAAACCGAAGUGUUAUCGAUCUUCACAGCUCCUACAACAAACUUUGCGAUGGCACCAGAAUCUAUGUUUAGCAAAAGUUGGUUCAGCAGCUUCAAGCCAUGGCGAGAAGUAUACGGCAACGAGGAUAAUGGACCCAUUCCUUAUAUUUGGGUUCGCAACACUUUGAAACAACUCACACAAUCAUAUCCAAUAGAAGAUUUUGCAGAAUACUACCUGGCAUUUGAAUGGAUAAAUGAACCCGACACUAUCAAAAAGGUCGCCAAAACCCUCAUCAAACAACAUUCUUCCAGCCUCAAACUCUACAAUGCAUACGCUAUGAUCGAAUUGUCAAAAGGCAACCAAGAAAUCUCAAAUAGAAUUUACACGGCCGCUUUAGGAAUGAGUAAAUCUAUGCUCUCCUCGCCCGAGUCCAACGACAACAAGGAUUCAGUUCACCUCUGGAAAAGUCUAAUCUGGGCACAUCUCUUAGUCGGGUCCAAAGAAACGGCAUUAUCACAUCUGCUCUCAAUCCCACAUGGUAUUCCAAGCCCAACGAAUCCCGUCGAAAUAAGUCCUGCAGCCCUCCUCAAAAGUCAACAAUAUCUGUCGUCGAACCGCGACCAUUUCCUCACCACGCGCAAUCCCACAUACGCAGUUCUUUACACCGAACUCCUCGCUCUCCUCAAAUACCUAACCACCACCUCCUCGACAGCUCCUCAAUCACCUCAACAGGGAAACAUCACAACUGCCCUCGAAAUCCUCACUACCUUUUCCGAACAGCUCUCUUCCCGACUAACCUCAAACUCACUAUCAGCCUAUCCUCUCGUCCUCCUCCACCAAUCCAUAGCCCGUCUCCUUCACCACCACGCGAAAUCCGGACCUUAUCGUCCCCAGACCCUCCACUCACAACUCACAGCCUCUUUACGCUUAUUUCCCAGCAACACAAUCUUCUUCUCUCUCCUCACUUCGCCAGCUUUCGGUACAACCAGACUCAUGAGUCCAGUCACUCUGAGUACUUUAUUCUCCGAGCUUCUAGAUUCAUCCUCAUCGCACAAUCCACUACCCCUCUACCUCCACAUCAUCCAUCAUCACCUCCAACACGCACAAUCCUCUACCGCGAAUCUCAACAAGGCUAAUUCAACAUUCAUCUCUGCAUUAAAUCUAAAGGGUUCAAAAUCUUCACCUACUUUAAAUACUGAACUGGCGAAUUCAAGCUCGCUUUGGAAAUUGUAUUUAUUAUUUUGUGAAACAUAUCCACAAUUCCUACCUCUUUCAUCAUCCUCCUCCUCAUACUCAUCCUCAAAAGCCCUACUCCCCCAAUCUAGCAACGAAAUACAGAAUAAAAAAGCUAAAGCUAAGAACCAAAAAGCAAAAGGAACACUAGAAUUAUGGAAACAGGCAAUCGCUCGACUUCCCUGGCUUAAAUCUAUUUAUACACUUGGUUUCGAAAGGAUAUGUGAGAUAUAUUGUGAAGAUGAGGAUGACGAUGCGGAGGAAAAUGUGAAGAAGGUAAUGGAAAAAGGAAGAGGAAAAGGGGAAAAAGCAAAAAUAGACAGUGAAAUAACAACACAGUUGAAGAAUAUUUGGAGGGUAACGGGGGAGAAGGAAAUAAGAGUUCAUGUUGAUUUGGAGGGGCUGUGGGAUGCUGAGGAGGAAGAGGAAGAGAAAAGGGGAUAG